AGAUGUUUUCUCCCCGAUGUAGCUGAAGCUGAGUCAGUAGAACAUUCACUCCUGGUGUCCCCGCCAUGGAGGGGCUUCAGGUUGAGGCCCAUGCUUCUUGCUCCGCUUGCUGUUGUAAACCUGUCCAGCUUGCUCAGUCAAGGUGCCCACUUCAGCACCGAUUUCUCCGCAGGAUGGCGCAUCCCCAAGAGUUGACCGCUCGCGGAAGCCGCGUGUGUCCCGAGGAUUGUGGAAGCUUUGCUUCGUUGGACUUGUGGGUGUCAUCCUUUGUGCUGCCAUUUUCGUUGGUCAUUGGUCAGCGCUGGGCGCCAGGCUCAUGGCUCAGACAUCCUCACCGCCGACACGCCCGGGCUUGGCACCGUUGUUGGGAGACGGCACUGCGGUGGACUGGUGGUUUGCUUUCAAGCCCACCACUGCGGCUUUUCCUCGCUGUUCCACUGCGGUGAGCUGCCUUUUUGGCGGCGAAGCCAUGCCACAGUCUGUGGAGCCCAUGUUUGGUUUGCAGUACAUCCUGGCCUCUUCCUUCAAUGGCUCAACCUCGCCAAUGCAGCUGCAUAGCGAUUGCUUGGGCAAUGGCGAGGAUCCCUUGGCCAAGACCUUUCAACAGGUCUACUCAGGCCAGGCGCCCAACUUUGUGCUUUGGAACGACCAGUUCUACGAUGACCCAGAUCCCGACAUCACCCCGCCAUGUGUGAAGUACUGUGCAAAACCUUGGGGGCACAGCAAAGGUCUCCUUGCCUGGGAUGAUGAUGGAACUGGCUUCGUGCUGCAAGUCACUACGCCUGAUUGGCCAGGCUCUGCAACUUCCAGCGUCCCGCGAAAGGAGCAGGGCAAUACGCUUGGCUGCUGCAAGGACGACAACGUCCUGGUGGCCCAGCAUUUCCUGGCGCUGCGCUUGUCCUCUGCAGAGGACACGCUGAAGGUCCUGAAGGCCUUGCAGAGGGCCUCGGUGGUGACGGAUCCCAAGAAUUCCCAGCUGAUGAAGCUCUCCGGAGGCCCCACGAACUUGCAGCAGGCGGCGAGAGAGCUUGGGCAACAGGUCUUGGACAAUUUGGAGCCUUUCCAAACUGAGAUCAGCUUAAGGAGCGGACUUCAGGUAAGAUUGAUUGCAAAACCUUCAGGGCUUCAGGUGCCUCCGUGGCAUUUGAUCAGCUCCCUGAUCCAGACACCACUGCGAACCGCCACUUGGUGGACCGUGCCGGCCAUCAACUCCACCCAGGGCGGCUUUGUGCCAGGUUGUUGGAAUGCAAGCUUGAAGCCGUCGCCGGAAGUCCAAGUUGCCUUGAGUGGCCAGUGGCAAGGCGUCAACUUCACCUUCCUCGGCCGGCCGGAUGCUGACGCCAACCAUGCAAAGUUGGCGCACAGCCUGGGUUCAGGACCCAAAUUGGCCGUGAUGGGAGACAUGAAUCAACAGGGUGCUUUGAAUCCUGAUGACAACCCCCAGGGUACAUGCGAUCUCUCCCAGAAUGCUCGUGGUGGUCUUUUCUUCAUCAUGGAGGAUGCUUCUCUUCAUGCUGACCUCGUUCACCUGAUGACCGGCGAGACUGCAAGCUAUGUGUCACCUGAAGCCGAAAAAGCCGUGGAUUCGACGUCUUUCAGCUGCGGUGGCCGCGGUGUGCAUUGGACCAAAUGCGGCCAGAGCGGACGCGAAUGCAAAUACGUCAAGAAGGCAGAUGUGGCCCGCUGCCAUGUGGAUGGCCACGGCUGCUAUGAGAUACAGCAGCUCCCAGCAAGCUGCCAGACAGAGGCAAAUGAACUCGUGACGUGACCUUGUAACUCUUGGAGUAUGGUCCGCAGUCCGCGUCAAGGAGAAUGAAUCCGCCCUUAGUUGAUUUUGCACACUGUCCCUCC